AUGUCUACUUGCUACAGGUUUUUGAAACGUCAGCUGUUUCAAAUCUACUAUGUAUUGAGAAACAGUGAAUCUAUUUCUAAAAUAUUUGUCGUCCAAGUCUUCUUACAUUCAACUCUCAAUCUGAUAUUGCCUGAUACUUUCCUACCAUCAAGAACUUACAACCAAACGCCGUUUUGCAAGACGCGUGCAAGAAUGGAAAAAGAGCAGACCUCUCCGCCGAUUUUUUUUUUUUUUUUUUUAAACAAGGCAAGUGGCGAUCGCCUCAGAGUGACUGAAGAGUCGGGUAGCCCCAGGCCUUCCUCCCAGCGCGGCCAGGAGGGCGCCCACUCCCAAGGCUGGAAGGCGAGGAGCCCAGCGCCCGCACACCCCCGGCUGGGAUUGGCCGGCCACGCAGUCAUUCAGCGCCGACACGUCAGGGCAGCCGCUCCCUCCCUCCUCCCGCCCCCUUCUCCCCGCGCUUGGCAAGAAAAGCGGGCAACGUGGAGCGGGAACAAAGGACCCCGCGGCCCACGGCGAUCCGGGACGCGGGGCCACCCCACUCCAGGCCCGAGGCACCGAUGCAGCCCGGGGCCGGCUCCCCGCCCACACGCGCCGAGUCCUGGGAGGUCCCCGGGAAGAGAGUCCAGACCUCGUGAGAGACCCAGACACAGGGAGUCGGUUCCUGACAGCGGGAAAGGAGAUUCCCGCGUUCUCCUUCCGGCAGUCAUCCCUGCCGCGUGUCGCCCUGACCCAGGCCCCCGAGAAUCCCAAGGGCAAAAACUCCCGCCCUACUUCCUCUGCCCGAGCUCCCUCAGAGGCGGCCCGCAGCCGCCUCGGCCGCCAACGCGACUCGGCAACCAUGGCAGCGCCGGGAGCGCGGGGCCCGCGCGGCGCCAGCUCCUCGCCCCCAGAAAGCGGCAGCAGCGGCUUGGAGCGUCCUCCCCCGGGACCAGGACUCUGCUCCGCGCCUCGCACCGUCUCCCCAGCCGCUCGCGCCAUCCCUCUGCUCGGACUCCGGUCGCGCCCUCUUCCUCCUCCACCGUCUGGAACCUGCGCGUAUUACCUGGUUCAUCUCUGAAGAGAUGGAAAAACUCAUGUCUGGAGCUUCGAUGGGGAGCAGGAGGAAGCGGGCGGGAAUCGGCCCAACGGAAAGCGCCUCGAGGCCGCGGAACGGGGGAGCGGUUGAGCGGGAAGACCAGCAGUCAGCCGCAGAGGCUGCGAGGAGGGGCCGCGCCACCGAGGGUUCGCGGGGACUCGCUCGCUCGCUGGCACUGCCGCGCCGAAGCAGCAGGCGGAGAGACUGUGCAGCUCAGCUCUGAGCGACCGACCUCCACGCGCGUCCCGGAGACACUGCCGCCGCCGCCGCCCCGCUCGCGCCGCACCCCCUCGCACGUCACCACGUGCGCCGCUGCCGUCCCCGCCGCCGCCGCCAAUGUCUCCCGGCAGCUUCCGGCCCGAAUCCGUCAGCGAAUCACAAGCGAGCACGAGAAAGCUCCCGCUCGCGGCCCCGCCCACCGCUCGCCCAGCCUCUCCUUCGCCCUCUUGGGUUCCUUCCUGCUCGGCUCAACUAGGUCAAGGCAAGGAAAACAGCUUCUCAAUGAAAAGCCAUUCCUUGGAAGAGAUUCACCUCCAGAAGGAGGUGGUCUGAAUGAAGAUUGUGCUGCCAUUGAAGGGUUGGCUGAUGUCAUAAGCUGCCUUUUUCUGCUUCUGGAAAGCCCUAUCGACACAUCAUCACAUAGGGAUGGACCCCAGCUUGUUACUCAGGUCCCUACUCAAAUGUAACUUGCUCAGAGAAGCCUUCUCUGAGGACUCUCCCUGCCUGCCAGAGAUACUGUGUAUCAUGUUACUGUGAUUAAU